CUCCUCUCUCUCUCAAGUCUCAGCUAAAGUGUUGCAGUUGCAGUUGCAGCAGCUAGAAAGCUAGAAAAAAAUAUUUUUUUUCUUCUGCUUGUUCAGCUUCUUCUCCUUCUUGAAUCCCAUAAAAGGGAAAUGGCAGUAAUUUUUUUUUCCUGAGUUCUCCUUUCCUGCUGGUUUUAUCCCCUUUUAUUUUUAAACUGCCUGUUCCCUUUUGGGGUUGGGCGAGGAAAUGAGCAAGGCAGAGUAAGGAACCGGAGAGAGGGAGAGAGAAAGAAAGUGGGAAGGAAAAGGGUGCUGAGAUUUUUUUCUGGGUCUGUAUUUGGUGUUUGCGAAGUUGGUGAUUUGAGAUAAUGUUGGGGUUUUGAAGAUUAAGCAUGGAAACUUUCUAGGGAUUUUUUUUCUCCAUUUCUUCCGUUUUGUUGUUGGUGGGUUUGCUGCUCCCCCCUGGAGCGUCUUUUCUGGGGAAUGGUGGGUUGGAGUUUGGAUCUGAGGAGGAGAUUUAGUGGUUGAUGUCUGAAGAGCUCUGGCGGUGGUAGUAAUGGGGAGGGAAGUUUCUGCUAUUGUUCCUGUUUGGUUGAUCUUCUUGCUGCUGGUACUGCAACCUUCAUGGCUGGUCCUUGGUAAUAUGGAAGGUGAUGCUUUGCACAGCCUACGGACCAACUUGUUUGAUCCGAACAACGUUCUGCAGAGUUGGGAUCCUACCCUUGUGAACCCCUGCACAUGGUUCCAUGUAACAUGCAACAAUGAUAACAGUGUCAUCCGAGUUGAUCUUGGGAAUGCGGCGUUGUCUGGUCAGCUUGUUCCCCAACUCGGCCUGCUUAAGAACUUGCAGUAUUUGGAGCUAUACAGUAACAACAUAAGUGGUCCAAUUCCAAGUGAUCUUGGGAAUUUGACUAACUUGGUCAGCUUGGAUCUUUACUUGAAUAGUUUCAAUGGCCCCAUACCAGAAUCUUUAGGCAAGCUAUCGAAGCUAAGAUUCCUGCGGCUUAACAACAACAGCUUGGCUGGUCCAAUUCCCAUGUCUUUGACUAACAUCUCGUCGUUACAAGUGCUGGAUCUCUCAAACAAUCGUCUUUCCGGGGUGGUUCCAGACAAUGGUUCUUUCUCACUGUUCACUCCUAUAAGUUUUGCUAACAACUUGGACCUCUGUGGGCCAGUUACUGGUCAUCCUUGUCCGGGUUCCCCUCCAUUUUCACCUCCCCCUCCGUUUGUUCCACCUCCACCAAUUUCGGUUCCAGGAGGGAAUAGUGCUACUGGAGCAAUAGCUGGCGGGGUUGCUGCUGGUGCGGCUUUGUUGUUUGCUGCCCCUGCAAUAGCAUUCGCGUGGUGGCGUCGAAGGAAACCGCAGGACUUAUUCUUUGAUGUACCUGCGGAAGAGGAUCCUGAAGUUCAUCUGGGGCAGCUGAAGAGGUUUUCGUUGCGAGAAUUGCAAGUCGCGACAGACACCUUCAGCAACAAAAACAUUCUGGGUAGAGGAGGAUUUGGUAAGGUGUACAAAGGUCGCCUCGCAGAUGGCUCAUUGGUGGCAGUUAAAAGACUGAAGGAGGAGCGGACGCCUGGAGGUGAGCUGCAGUUUCAAACAGAGGUUGAGAUGAUUAGCAUGGCUGUGCACCGAAAUCUCCUGAGAUUACGUGGCUUUUGCAUGACACCAACCGAGAGAUUACUUGUUUAUCCCUACAUGGCAAAUGGGAGUGUUGCCUCAUGCUUGAGAGAACGCCCACCAUCACAACCUCCUCUUGACUGGCCAACUCGGAAGCGAAUUGCACUGGGAUCUGCUAGGGGCUUAUCUUAUUUGCAUGAUCAUUGUGAUCCUAAAAUCAUUCAUCGUGAUGUGAAAGCCGCCAAUAUAUUACUAGAUGAGGAAUUCGAGGCAGUUGUUGGAGACUUUGGGUUGGCUAAAUUGAUGGACUACAAGGAUACUCAUGUCACUACUGCUGUCCGUGGUACGAUAGGCCACAUUGCUCCAGAGUACCUCUCCACUGGAAAAUCAUCCGAGAAAACUGAUGUUUUUGGGUAUGGGAUCAUGCUCCUUGAGCUAAUUACUGGACAGAGGGCAUUCGAUCUUGCUCGGCUUGCAAAUGAUGACGAUGUCAUGUUGCUCGAUUGGGUAAAAGGACUUCUGAAAGAGAAGAAGCUAGAGAUGCUGGUGGACCCUGAUCUUCAGAACAACUACGUCGAUUCCGAAGUGGAGCAGCUCAUCCAGGUUGCUCUUCUUUGCACGCAAGGUUCCCCUAUGGACAGGCCGAAGAUGUCCGACGUGGUGAGAAUGCUCGAAGGCGAUGGCCUGGCCGAGAGAUGGGACGAAUGGCAGAAGGUCGAAGUUCUGCGGCAAGAAGUGGAGCUUGCCCCUCACCCGAACUCAGAUUGGAUCGUCGAUUCAACAGAGAAUCUACAUGCGGUCGAGCUGUCUGUAAAUGGUGCGGCGGUACGUGACCGCCGGUUCUUGAGGGAAGCUGAGAUCCGACGUCGGUGUCUCCGCGAUGCUUUACGCAGUCUAAGGACCAACUUGGUUGACCCGAACAAUGUUCUACAGAGUUGGGAUGAAAAUCUUGGUUCCAAAUGUACAUGGUUUCAUCUAACGUGCAACGAUGACGACAGCAUCACUAGAUUGGAUCUUGGAAAUGCUGCUUUGUCUGGUCAGCUUGUCCCACAACUUGGCCUGCUUAAGAAUUUGGAGUACUUGGAGCUCUUCAAUAACAACUUUACUGGUGCAAUUCCAAGUUCCCUAGGGAACUUGACAAACUUGGAUAGGAGGCUCAAUAACAACAGCUUGGCUGGUUCAAUUCCUGCAUCAUUGGCUAACAUUUCGUCACUAGAAGUGCUGGAUCUUUCAAACAACCGCCUUUCCGGGUUGGUUCCAGAUAAGGGUUCCUUAACUCAGUUCACUCCCAUAAGUUUUGCUAACAACUUGGAUCUUUGUGGACCAGUUACUGGCUAUCUUUGCCCUGGUUCUCCUCCAUUUUCUCCACCUCCUCCAUUUGCUUCACCAACUUCUCAACCAAGAGGGAAUGGCGCCAUCAGAGCAAUAGCUGGUGGAGUUGCUGCUGGUGCAGCAUUGUUCUUUGCUUUUCCCGCGAUAUAUUUUGCUUGGUGGCUUCAAAGAAAACGUCGAGACUUAUUUGUUGACGUACCUGUGGAAGAUGAUGAUCCCGAAGUCCAUCUAUCGCAGCUCAAGAGGUUUUCGUUGCGUGAACUGCUAGUUGCAACUGAUAACUUUAGCACCAAGAGCAUUCUUGGUCGAGGAGGAUUUGGUAAGGUCUACAAAGGUCGUCUGGCAGACGGCUCAUUGGUGGCAGUGAAAAGACUGAAAGAAGGGCGUACGAGUGGAGGAGAGUUGCAGUUCCAAAUGGAGUUGCAGAUGAUAAGCAUGGCUGUGCAUCGGAAUCUUCUUCAGCUGCAUGGCUUUUGCAUGACACCUACUGAAAGAUUGCUUGUGUAUCCCUACAUGGCAAAUGGAAGUGUUGCCUCAUGCUUGCGAGGACGUCCUCCCUCUCGACCUCCUCUCGAUUGGCCAACUCGAAAGCGAAUAGCGCUGGGGUCAGCUAAGGGCUUGUCCUACUUGCAUGAUCAUUGCGAACCAAAGGUCAUUCAUCGUGAUGUAAAAGCUGCCAACAUAUUGUUAGACAAGGAAUUCGAGGCUGUUGUUGGAGACUUCGGGUUAGCCAAACUGAUGAACAUCAACGAUUCUCAUGUCACUACUGCUGUCUGUGGCACAGUUGGCCAUAUCCCUCCUGAGUAUUUCUCCACAGGCAGAUCGUCUGAAAAGACUGAUGUUUUUGGAUAUGGUAUCAUGCUGCUGGAACUGAUCACCGGGAAGAAGGCAUUUGAUCUUGCAGGGCUUGCAAAUGACGAUGAUGUGAUGAUGCUUGAUUGGGUGAAAGGGCAUCUGAAGGAGGGGAAGUUAGAGAUACUGGUGGAUCCUGAUCUCGUGAGCAGUUAUUACCUAGCAAGUUCUGAAGUGGAGCAGCUAAUCCAGGUUGCUCUUCUUUGUACACAAGGCUCCCCGAUGGGCCGGCCAAAGAUGUGUGAAGUGGUGAGAAUGCUGGAAGAAGGAGCGGGUUUGGGUGAGAGAUGGGAUGAAUGGGAAAUGAUGGUGGGAAAAGAAGGUUACAGAGCUGAUAUGGCAGCAGCAGGCUAUUCUCUUCACUAG